GUGAAUACGGCAAUACAACCUAAUUGAAAAACGGUUAAUCCAUUAUCAGUUUCUGGUGAUUAAUAUCAAUUAUUACUGUCAGCAUGGAUCAGCUAGAUACUGCUUGCAAGUUUAGAGUCCUUAUUCUUGGCGAUGGCAACUUUUCAUUUUCACUCGCACUUGCUCGUCAUUUGUGGCAUCCUCAACAUCCAUCCAUUCCCUCCCACUUGGUACAUCAAUCUAUAGCAAAACGCUAUCUAGGACUUCCACCAACCUUUUCUGAAUCUAAUAUUCAUAUUCUUGCCACUUCAUUCGACACUCGCCCACAACUAUUGGCCAAGUAUGGCGAUUUUAAAGAUAUUUUGAGUGCGUUGGAGGAUGUACGAUACAGAGGAUUGGUGGAUAUUUUGCAUGGAGUGAAUGCUUGGGAUCUCGGCAAUCAUUUUGGAUCGAGUGUUGUUGGUGGAUUCGAUUUAAUACUAUGGAAUCAUCCUCAUUUGGGUACUGAAGACUUUCGCUUGCAUCGUUUUCUCAUGGCCCAUUUUUUUGAUUCUGUAGCACAAGUUCUUCGUCAUCCUAAACAAGGUUUGCCUACAGAUAAAUACAAUGGUGGGCAUACUCGUGUUUCUCUUGUACAAGGUCAGGAAGUACGAUGGGAUCUAGUGCGUCAAGCCCAACGAUCUCAGCUUGCACUUGAAAGUAUCGCCUGGUUUGAUGAAUCUCAUUGGCCCGGAUACAUUGUCAAACGUAACAAGCAUGGCGGAUCGUUCAAGAAUGAGCAUACGAGACGACAUGUGCAGACAGAGAUGAAGAGUUGUUAUUUCACUUUUAAAUUUGGAGAUGACGGCAUUGAUCCUGAAGUGUUUCCUGCUGCACAUCAGCAAGUGUUGGCUAUGCACGGUCAAGCUACAGUAUCCGAUUCAGGCCAUUCAUUUUGUUUAAAUCAAUCCAACACUGCAGAAAAACAGAAUAAUGACGUGAACGUACUUGAAGCAGCCAUAUGCAACUUAGAUUUGAACCAUUCAAUAGACAACAAAACGGCUCUCGUGGAUAACAGUACUACUUCAACUGUCGCUUCAGUACUCACUCGUACUAUGACAAAAACUAAUUGUAUGCAGCCUGUAAAAGGAUCUAAAAAGCAACUUCGCCAAGCAAACGUUCCAUCAAACCUUGUAUGCACAUAUUGCUGCAAACAACUGACGUCGCUUCGAGCCUACACCCAACACGUUCAUAUGGUUCAUGAAUUGCAGUUGUUUGGUCAGGAUUGGAAACCUAUUCGUGUGCGUUCAUUCACCUGUGACAAGUGUCCCAAAACUUUUGCUACAAAAAAUGAUUUAUGGCAACAUGGGAUUAACAAGCAUACAAAGAUCAAUCCUUUGGAUCUUCCAAGUGCACCUGAUAACUCGCAUUUGGGACUAUCUAGUGUAAACGGUGCUGAUGCAGCAACCGAUAGCGAUUACGAUUAUGUGCCAUGUGAUGUAUGUGGACAAGCAGUUGUUCGGCGUGAUUGGGGCAUGCUGCUGCAUUUGGAAAGUCUUAAACCUGCUGUUGGAUUGGAUAUGUGUUGUCCAUUGUGUCCAAAAACAUUUAUUGAGCAAAGGGCUUUGUACCAACAUUACAAAUUUUGUUCAAGUAAAAAAUAUGUGGAUGACGAUAUAAAUAAAGCCAAUUAGAUUUGAUGUAAUUUUG